AUGCCUAUCACGGCCAUAUUCUACUAUCCGAACGUUGCCGUAUCAACACUUGAACAUAUCGUCGUGGGCAACUGGGGCGCCUAUGCUUCAAAUUUCUCCCCAGCUAUUACGCCAUGCGACAACUGUGUCACGGAGGUGGGCCAGCUAGCCAUCAACUCCCGCUUUGCCGAAGUGGUUGAAGAGUCCGCUAUAACUCUGAGCAACACCAAUGGUGCAUCGGAUUUUGAUAAUACCCAGGCAGUGUUCGAUCCGGCAGUGGUUCAUGAAUAUAUCGACAUUAUAGGAGCUAGGGGCGGUGCAUUCGUUACUAGUUUCAAUGAGAGUAGUAGGUCUGAUCUCCGACGAUACGUGAUCGACAGCAACAGGAAUAUGUUGGAAUUGUACGCUCAACGGGAGGAUUUCAAGGCCCUUGCGUAG